AAAGCUUUUAAACAAAAUUUAAAUUAACUAAGAAUACCUGAACGGACCAACCAUAUUAAAUCACAUGUAAUUUCAAAUUGUCAAUAUCACAUUGAAAUUUAACUUCAGACAAAAUUCACAACAAAUGUUUUUAUGUUAACACAGAAAAGUUACAGCAUCGACAGACGUUAAAUAAAAAACAGACUCGCAAUUCACUGACUGUCAAGGACUCCCCACCAACCCACUAAGAACACAACCUAACCACAACUCACCACGAACACAAAACACACCAUCGAAGCAAUGCUGCUUCAACGUUAAAAAUAACAUUGUGGUUAGGUUGUGUUGCUAUGAAACACUUUCGUUCCUUCUACACAGACAACCACACAUGUUGACCGAGACGCCCAAACAACACCUGAACAUUUUCCCUUUUCUUCCUCCUGCAGGCGUCCAUGAAGGAGAUGCCCGCGGAGGUAAGGCAGGCAAGGGAUCGGGGGGCGCAGGAGGCUACAAUGGUAUCUCCAACUCCGUCUCCCGGGAGAUGACCUGGGAAGAGAUCGUGCUAGCCAUGCAGCUGACAGCUAUGUGUCUGGGGGCGUUGAUGGCGCUGUGUGUGGUCGCCUGCUGCGCCUACAAGAUCUGCGGUCCUGCUGAGGAGCUCGAGUGGGGUUCCCAGUACUCUGUGUUGAAGAAGCCACCACGGCAGCCGCCAGAACUGCUGCGAGAGCUCUGAGCCCGGCCCUCGCCCUCUGCACCGUCCCGGGCGGCCGCCACCACCACCUGGGUCUUCAAGGACACCACCAACUACCCGAAGGGGCCGUGAGGGUUUCCUUCUACCCCGGCAGAGGGCGAGUUGCAACACGCUUCGCAGUGCACUUUGGAGUCUGUGACCAGAAAGGUCUAUUACGUGGGCAACCGGCAGCCCGAGGGGCCUGCACCUGCAUUAUCACCUUCAGUGUCACCUUCAGUGUCACCUUCAGUGUCACCUUCAGCUUCUAGAUGAUACCGUGGAGCUUGGUAAGGUGCAGUGGUGCGUCAGGCUGUCGUCCACGUCUCGAGUUUAGCGUCGUAAUAUCAAGAACAUUGACUAAUUUUUGAAGUUCUUUGCUUGGUAUGCUUGUAUCAAUAUCAAUUAUUUAUCUGUAUUUUCUUAGAAAACAACAAUAUAUUGAUAUAACAAAUAUGUUCUGUCUAAAGCAUUAAGCUGUCAAAAGAAAUCUCCCUUAUUCUGUUUUUUUCUGCUUUAAACACGACAAAACAACAAUCUAAUUUUGGUCUCUUUGUCUUGUCAAUAUUGCAUCCACUUUAAUGAACUAUUUACUAAAUAUUGUAAAAAUUUAUAAUAUGAAAAAUAUAGCUCACUGUAAAAAAUAUACUAUUGUUCUGUGUAAAGGGCAGAGAGACAUUGUUUACCUGCCUUAACACUGUUGUGGACCUCUUAGCAUCUCGUGGCUCGGACCUAUAUAUAUAUAUAUAUAUGUGUGUGUGGAAGCCAAAACUGCGUUAUCCAGUGAAACAAUUCUGCAGAACACGUUAUCUUAUUAUGUUCUGAAAUGGUUUGUUGCAUAUUCGUAGAGUAUAGAAUAUCCCGCGAAAUACGACGCUGCAUAAGAAGUACCAUUUCCGGCAAACUUAACUGCGGCUGAACCAAAGCCAGAAGUGCCGCUCAGGGGAGUGCCAAGCAAGAAGUGCCGCUCAGGGGAGUGCCAAGCAAGAAGUGCCGCUCAGGGGAGUGCCAAGCAAGAAGUGCCGCUCAGGGGAGUGCCAAGUUAUGCCCGGCCCAACUAAGUUGAUCGAUAACAAAUUUAGUGAAAUGAGACUUGGAAUAUGCGGCAAUCUAUUAAUUUCUUACAAAAUAAAUCAUUAUCCUCCUUAAAAACAAACAAAUGCGGGUUUGUUCAAAUGGUGAGGCAUCGAACGCACAACUAUUUCCAUCUACAAGUCAGAGGAACAGGUCAUGUAGACCCGAAACAUUAGGUAGUCAGUACAUGUAUCAGUCCAGUAGCUGUUUUACCUCGUGUCCAGCAUGUAAUUUUGUUUAUGCGUAUAGCGUAGUCUCUCGCGGGGAUACGCCACUUAGGAACGGCCGAUGAUUUCUUCAUGAGCGUUGGUCACGAUACUCGGAUUUGGAAUUGUUUUCUAUGAAGAUAAAUUAUUAUUAAACUAAAUUAACACCUUUUCGACCAGCUUGAAAAUCUAUGAGUAGGUAUGUAAUAUAUUAGUGACUUAAUAACUAAUCUUAUUAGUUAAUGGGUUAUCAAAUCACAUUCAGAUAUACAUUUUCCAGAAAACUGCUUCCACUGUAACUCUCCACAGAGUAACAGCGGUGGUGGGAAUGGGAAGUAAAGUAACUCUCCACACCGUAGGCCCCGAGGAGGCUAUACAGCACGUGAGUAAUCCGGGGGCUAAUUUCCCAUUAGGAAUAAGGUGGGGGUCUACCACUCGGCCAAAAAUACGGGUGAUGCGAGAACUUGCGUCUCGUAUCACCCGGUAGGGGGAGCGAUGUUGACUAUCCUCCGGUCCGAGUGAAGUUGUAUACCACCGGUGGGAUUAAGGUAUCAAAUCGUCCGGUGGGAGUCGGGUCGGAUAUCUCGGUGGGAGUCGGGUCGGAUAUCUCGGUGGCAGUAAAGGUGAUGUUUAACCCUCUUAGAGUGGAUUAUCGCCCGGUAGCUCUGUGGUGGCGUAUCUCCCGUAUUAUUAUUAUUAGAAUCUGUGUUCGUUUCGUCGUUCUACGAGAGGACUUUCCCCUCCAUGAUAUAAAAGUCACUUUUUUGGAAGUCCUACCAGUCCAGGACCAUAUACAGGAGACCUCCAAUGUCGGCAGAAUGUGUGCUAGAGCAUGUGUGUGUGUGUAUGUGUGUGUGUGUGUGUGUGUGUGUGUGUGUGUGUGUG